AUCUAAAAGAUGUUGACAUGGGAACUAUCCUCGAAAUUUUAACUGAGGGCGAUGUUUUUCUCUUAGAGGAGCUUUCUUCCCAAGUAGUACAAUACCUAUAUUCUGAUAUUGAUAGGUUCAUAGGAAAAGAUAUGGUGACAUUGGUUGAAUUUAUAAUUGAUCACAAUAUAUUCAAACAAAAGUUUGAAUCUUUAUUUUAUGAUAUUGUUAAAGAUAUCAAGAUAUUAGUGUUUGAUACAAAUGAAAUGUUUAAUAUUGAAACUCUGGAAUAUCUAAUACGAUAUGAUAAACUUGGUAUAACAGAGAAUUUACUAUGGAAAGAACACGAAACGAUAAACAAAGAUAUUUUAGAGGAUGUUCUUAGAAGUAAAUUAAAUCCUUCUUGGUAUAUACCAAAAUAUGGUACUCUAAAAACAAUCUUUUCAUAUAUAUUUCAUAUCAAACAGAUCUUUGUUAGGAUUAAAAUAUUCAAAAAGAUGUCUGGAAAAGACCUUUAUAACUUCUGUGAAGAGAAGAAAUCAUUAUUGAUUUUAGGAAGGAAAAGAUUGUCUUCGUAUAUAGUCGGGUGGCAUAAUGAUAAUUUAUGGGAUAGAGGAAUAGUUAAUACAACAAAUAGUUUUAUAUUUCAUAUAGAUAUGUAUGAUGGUGUUAAAGUUGCAACACCGAAAGAAAAUAACAAUAAUUGUAGAAUUAAUACCGACUAUGGACCUACGUUUGGGUCGGGUGAUUUACGUAUAGAUGGAUAUAACUGGACAUAUGAAAUCAAUUCAUACAAUUCAGAUUUUACAAGUGGUACUCAUGAGAUGGAAUUCGUUGAAGUUUAUCAGAUUAAGAAAACGAACAAGUUUAUUUGA